CUCUCUCUCUCUCUCUCUCUCUCUCUCUCUCUCUCAGUGCACGUUAGGCUAUUACUUUUCAGCAAAUAAGAAUCUGGGCAAUUCCAGACAGAACUUAAUUGCUUUCAUUUGGGGGAGCAAGCAGGAGACAGACGUGAGGAAGCAAGGCGAGAAAAGCCUUUUGGAAAGAGUAACACGAAUAUGAUAUUAGAAAUGGAGCUUGGGCAUCUUUCUAAUCCGUGUGUGCGUGUGAGCGCGCGUGCCCACCUCUCCGUCCGGCGCCCCCUCCGCUUGCCUGCGUAAAGCCCCUCGCGCGCUUCUGUCCGGGGGCGGCUGCACCUGGGCUCGGCCGGUGGCCUGCGAAGCAGGUUUCAGGAAGCGACCCCCCACGGGGUGCGUGCUUUGAGGCCGCGGGGCAGCAGAGGCGCCUCCCCCGAGGAGCCAGCCGGGCGGCGUCCCGCGGGGAAGAUGAGCGGCACCGGCGCCAGGUCCAGCCACCUGUCCCAGCCGGUCGUGAAGAGCGUGCUGGUGUACCGCAACGGGGACCCCUUCUUCGCCGGCCGCCGCGUCGUCAUCCAUGAGAAGAAGGUGUCCAGCUUCGACGUCUUUCUGAAGGAGGUGACGGGCGGCGUUCAGGCGCCCUUUGGAGCCGUCAGGAACAUCUACACCCCGCGCACCGGGCACCGCAUCCGGAAGCUAGACCAGAUCCAGAGCGGGGGCAACUACGUGGCCGGAGGCCAGGAAGCCUUCAAGAAACUCAAUUACUUGGACAUAGGAGAAACCAAGAAAAGACCUAUGGAAGUUGUUAACACAGAGGUGAAACCGGUGAUGCACAGGAGACUCAACGUGUCGGCUCGCUUCAGAAAACCCCUGCAGGAGCCCUGCACUAUCUUCUUGAUUGCCAAUGGAGACCUCAUAAGUCCGGCUUCUCGCCUCCUCAUCCCUAGAAAAACCUUGAGUCAGUGGGAUCAUGUCCUACAAAUGGUCACGGACAAAAUAACUCUGAGGAGCGGGGCUGUCCACAGACUCUACACGUUAGAAGGAAAACUGGUUGCGAGCGGGGCCGAGUUGGAGAAUGGGCAGUUUUACGUGGCGGUCGGCAGGGAUCGGUUCAAGAAACUGCCUUACAGUGAAUUACUGUUUGACAAGUCAACAAUGAGAAGGUCUUAUGGUCAGAAGUCUUCUUCACUACCUCCUAUCGUAGGAUCCAGAAAGUCUAAAGGGAGUGGAAAUGAUCGUCAGUCCAAGUCAACAGUUGGAUCCAGCGACAACACAUCCCCUCAGCCCCCGAAGAGGAAAGGGAAAAAAGAAGAAGUGAAUUUGGAAAAACCCAAAAAAGGGAAACAAAAUGUAAAGUUAAAGAAUUCACCACAGAUAGUUCCAGACAGCGAUGAAGGCGUCUUCAAAGCUGGAGCAGAGAGGUCUGAGACACAGGGGGCAGCAGAAGUCCAAGAAGAUGAAGAUACUCAAGUCGAGAUCCCAGUUGAUCAGAGGCCAGCAGAAAUAGUAGGUGAGGAAGAAGAUGGAGAGAAAGCCAACAAGGAAGCAGAGCAGAAAGAAGAUUUUUCGGGAAUGAAUGGCCAAGUUGAAGAGGGAGGAGGUGGGGAGGCUGCAGACGCCCCCGAGGAAGUCGAGGAGGUCCCCGAUCGCGGCGAGGAGCAGGCGGGUCCCACUCGCAAUAAUGGAGGCACCGAUGAAGAAAAUGGCGAGGAGCUGGAUCAGGUUAACACGGAGCUUCAGGACACAGUGGACGAAGAAGUAAAGUCUGAAGGAGCUGGCAGUGGACAGGAUGAGGCUGACUUAGACCCUCAAAGACCACCGAGACCAGAAGUAAAAAUCACCAGUCCACAAGAAGAUGAGAACAAUGAACGAAACCAGGACUAUGCCGUCGUAGCAUAGAUCAUUUCUAAAAAGAGAGUGCAUUAUCAGAAAAAAUGAAGGGUUCUAAUACUUGAAUGAUAAGUAUAUAGUUAUUGCGGAACAUAAUGUGACAACAUGGUUGACUGCUACCUACUGAAUUUUAAGAUUAGAGGCUUAAUGGAAAGAUUAGAUGAUUUUGAGUAGCUACUAAAGGACAGUGGCUUCUUUUCAUGGGAUGUGUUUUUAAAAGUCAUUUAGAAAAAUUAAGAGGGAUAGAGGGGCAUUUGCACUGGAUGACAAUUGGCCACUUGUCUUUGUAAGCAAUGAAAAGGAAUAGGACCACACUUCUUGUAUACUUUUCCAUAAAUUUAGAAGUGAGGUUAUUAGAUGGGAGCUUAUUCUGAAGCACUUAUCUAGGAAGGCAUAGAAUUUUAAAGAAAUGAUAAUAGGAAAACCUGUACUAUUUUUUUAAAGCAAUAAACUCUUUAAUAACCACCAAUUUUAGUGUAGUUUUAGGCAGUAGAUCGAAAUGUUUCAAUGACUUGUUGACAUUCCUUCCUUCUUCCUCCUUGUCCCUGAUCCCAUCUCACAUGAAUUAAAAAGGCUAUAACCCAGUUAUGUCACCAAGCUUGGUCGGAUGGUUUAAAAAUUCUGAUUAUGUUAGAAGACUCAAUAUUGGCUAAAGAUUGAAUUCUCUCCAAAUAGUUUUUUUACAAAAAAAAAAGCCAAAAAACAAACAAACAAAAAACCCCCACAAAGCCAAACAAACAAAAAAGCCCCAAGAAAUCAUAACAGGAAAAAAGGAGGAGGCUACAUGGGGAGUUUGUCACUGCUUGAUCUGACUUGCUGUUUGGAUUAGGAUUUCUAUUUCUUAUUAUUUCUAUUAGGAUGAGCUUUGUCAUAUUUUUGCCCCAAGGGGUAUUAGCAAGUGUCUAUUUUAAUGGCCAGUUAUAUUUAGACUUUCAAGCAGAUUCCUCCCUAUAUAAUUAGAAGCCAUGUGAUAGAAAUUGUUGAAAAAUGUUUAAAUUGUCAUCACGAAACCAGUUCCUUAUUAGAAUUGUGUGGGCUAAUUAAAUCAACUUGCAAUGACCUUGCUGGGUGUAUAUGGGGAGAAAGACAAUUGUAUUGGUUUUCUUAAUUUUUAGGAGAUGACACAGAUCUUCCUUAAAUAUAGAAAUAAUAUAUUUUUCUCACGUGAAAGACCAUUUUCAUUAGUUAUGUAGAUGUUAUAUAUUUGAAAUGUAAACUUCUAGUGCUUUCAUAGGAUUCAUUAUUAAUCUUAGGUUUAAAAGAUUUUCUUCCUCUCCGGAUUUCCUAACCAAUCAUUUAGAAUAAAAGUAGUUGUAUCAAGCACUUAAGAAUACUACAGAAAAUGAAUUUAUUUUUCCUAGAAGCUAUUUUAAUAUUUUCUACGAAUAGGAAGCAGAAGCAGAGACUGUAAUGUAACAGUAUUGGAAAGAGAGAGUGAUAUAAGGGCAUAUUAAUCUGAGAAGAUGAAUCGUAAAUGGGGGUUCUGUAUUUCUGGUAUAAAAUGUAGAUUGCACUUUUUACUAGUAGGCUUAUUUUUUUUUCAAGUGGGAUGAUACAAAGCGUGAUAUACUACAAGCAACAGUCUUGUGUUGUUAGGGAAAUAGACUAGCCUGUGUUUUAAUGUUAAAUUCCCAUGCUACUCCUGGGCCUGGGGUUAAUGAUUUUAAAUAGUUUAUAGAAGUCAGGUUUUGAAUACAAGAAAUUAUAACUGGUUAUCAAGGUGAUUCUUUCACUUUUCUUUCUGUUUCUCUUUUCCUUCUUUAAUAGAAAUAUCUUUUUUUCCUUCCUCAUGUUCUUUUCUUCAUUAUACUAUAAAGCUUAGGUGUUCAGGAAGUUUUUUUUUAAAUGGGACAUUUAUUGUCAAAUUGGUUUCCAUACAACAGCCAGUGCUCAUCCCAAAAGGUGCCCUCCUCAAUACCCAUCACCCACCCUCCCCUCCCUCCCACCCCCCAUCAACCCUCAGUUUGUUCUCAGUUUUUACAAGUCUCUUAUGCUUUGGCUCUCUCCCACUCUAACCUCUUUUUUUUUCCUUCCCCUCCCCCAUGGGUUUCUGUUAAGUUUCUCAGGAUGCACAUAAGAGUGAAAACAUAUGGUAUCUGUCUUUCUCUGUAUGGCUUCUUUCACUUAGCAUCACACUCUCCAGUUCCAUCCACGUUGCUACAAAGGGUCAUAUUUCAUUCUUUCUCAUUGCCACGUAGUACUCCAUUGUGUAUAUAAACCACAAUUUCUUUCUCCAUUCAUCAGUUGAUGGACAUUUAGGCUCUUUCCACAAUUUGGCUAUUGUUGAGAGUGCUGCUAGAAACAUUGGGGGUACAAGCCUAUGCAUCAGUACUCCUGUAUCCCUUGGGUAAAUUCCUAGCAGUGCUAUUGCUGGGUCAUAGGGUAGGUCUAUUUUUAAUUUUUUGAGGAACCUCCACACUGUUUUCCGGAGCAGCUGCACCAGUUUGCAUUCCCACCAACAGUGCAAGAGGGUUCCCGUUUCUCCACAUCCUCUCCAGCAUCUAUAUGAUCCUGUCAAUUGAUGCAGAAAAAGCAUUUGACAAAAUUCAGCAACCUUUCUUAAUAAAAACCCUCGAGAAAGUCGGGAUAGAAGGAACACACUUAAACAUCAUAAAAGCCAUUUAUGAAAAGCCCACAGCGAACAUCAUCCUCAAUGGGGAAAAACUGAGAGCUUUUUCCCUGAGAUCAGGAACAAGACAGGGAUGUCCACUCUCACCGCUGUUGUUUAACAUAGUGUUGGAAGUUCUAGCAUCAGCAAUCAGACAACAAAAGGAAAUCAAAGGCAUCAAAAUUGGCAAAGAUGAAGUUAAGCUUUCACUUUUUGCAGAUGACAGGAUAUUAUACAUGGAAAAUCCGAUAGACUCCACCGAACGUCUGCUAGAAAUGAUACAUGAAUUCAGCCAAGUUGCAGGAUACAAAAUCAAUGUACAGAAUUCAGGAAGUUUUUAAGAGGUAUCUCAAUGAAACACAAUGUUGUCUUACAUGAAGAAUAAAGUAUACAAACACUUGAAGAAGAUGAUAGGCCAUAAUAAUGGCAGCAAAAACGUUGAACAGUUGGGUUAGAAUUCUUGUCUUGGACGGGCAUAUGUUACCACUUGGUGACAAGAUGUAAUUGUGACUUAACUUGAGGGGAGGAACCACAACUAAUCACUUUAAGAUACUUUGCAAACAUAUAUUACUAAAAAAAAAACAUGAAUGAAAUAGCAUCGUCAGAUCAGGGAAGACACCAUUCACAGAGAAUGGAAAAUGUGGACGUCAUUUUGGAGAUGAUGUCAACACAAGUGACAAAAGCUGAUUCACCUCCCACACAUGGACAUUUUCUCCAUGGGAAUGGUGGCCUCUGUGUCAACACAAGUUAAUAAGCUGGACUCACUGACAGAUUUGGGGACCAUUUAUGUGAGUGAGCAGAAGACGCUUCGGUUAGACGUCAGGUAUUGUUUCCGAAUGAGAGGAUGCUGUGAAAUACUCACAAGACCUUUGAUGUGAUUACCAACGGAACGCUUUGUGCUGUCAGUUCUUUGUGAGGCUGUGUGUACAGACUCCAUAAUUUCAGUUGUAUGGGACUCUUUUCUCAAACUUAAUUGGGUUUUAAGACAUCUAUAAACAACUUGUUUCUCAGUUGAAGUGGAACAUUAGAGUUUCGCAGAGCAAAUACAGAUUUUAGCUAACAUCAUUUUCAUGCUAAGGAGAUUUCAUCUGGCGGUAGUAUCUGUUAAAUAGCUACUGAGCAUCGAUCACUAGUUAUAAAACAUGAUACUAUGGCCAGACGGUAACCUUUUACUCACUAUUUUUCUCCAUAGCCAUAGAGUAACUUUUCACUUACUAAGACAUUUUUUUGCCCAUAUGUGUUCUGGGGGAAUAGUCAAAUGUCAGACUCACAGGAAGAGCAUGAUACUCUCAUGCCUCCUGUUUUAUUCUGAGACCUUUGGUUCCUACAGUGGUCUGUAAAGACAGAACCAUCCUAUGUAUAUCUGGCUCGGAGUCCAUUAGAUAUCUCUGGGUUUACGAUUGUGAAGCCGUACUAAUGCGAAAUUGUUCAUGUAAUUUCAGCUUGUAGCUCACACACCAACUUGUAACUCAUACACCAACAUCCUCAAACAUUUCAUUAUGUGACCUAUCUUAUACACAAAGGAAGAAGUUCAUUCUCCUUGGAAACAUCUGUGUAUUCAGAAUUGCCACAGAAUAUCGGGAAGGCUUUUUUAUGUUAUUAACUGACUCUCCUAAGGAAUUAGCUCGGUACUUUUAUUUUUGCUCAGUAAGUAUCAAAAGAAACAUUUUUAAAGGAAGAUCGAGUUGCUAAAGAGAAAGCAUCACAUCUGAACUGUUGCCAAUCUGAACAGAAAUAGAAUAUAUAUAUAGAUAUUCACAUAUACAUAUCUACUUAUACAGAUGCACUCACACACUUUAAAAUCUUGAAAAGGACUCCUCAGGCACAGCGUUAUUAAUAGAAUAAGGCUCUUCUGAGAGAAGCAAUGUCUAAAAACACGUGGAGAGGAAAUGCUAAGAAAUAUAUAUCAUGGUGCUUUAAAACUUGUUUCCUAAAGGCUUUAAGAGAAUUAAAUUUUUCAAACUAAGAAAGCUACCAGAAUUUUAAUGAAAAAUUUAUUCUAGGGAGAGGUGAUUGCAGGUGGAUGAUAUAUAGAUAGAUAAAUACCUAGAAAGAUAGGUAAUAGAUGAUGGAUGGAUGGAUGGAUAGAUAGAUAGAUACUACAUAGAUGAUAGCUGGAUGGAUGGAUGGAUAGAUAGAUGAUAUGUAGAUAGAUGGAUGGAUGGGUGGAUCGUGGGUAAGUAGGUAGGUAGGUAGGUAGAUAGAUGAUAGAUAAUCUUGUUUUCCUGAAGUAACUAGAGAGUACAGUUCCUUAGUUCUUUGUUACCAGCCUUAAGUACCAUAUGCUCUAGGUGCAGAAUCUUUCAUACUAACAGAGGCUCUGUCAAAUGGUUGUCCCUGUUUGUGAAUGUGUGUGUAUGAUAUACAUGAAUGCAUAGAGGACUGUUUUUGGUACCAAGUAGUCAGGUCCACUGAAUAGAAUAGAAGACUUAGUACUUCACCACUCUGUCUAUAAUGUUCUAGUUCAGUGCUCGAGCUUUGUAGCCUCUUUAGGUGACUAUAAUGUCCUGGAAUGGCACCACUUUCUUUUAUUCUUUCUUUCUUUCUUUUUUUUUUUUAAGGUUAGUCUUUUUUCUAAAGUGAUGAGCAUGUAAGUUCUUUGUUAUUAAAUAACAGUUUUGUAAAUACUCUUAAGAUUCUUGCUUUUCAGAAAUUACCCUGGACUGGAAAUAGGUGAUUUUUGUUCUUCCCACAUAAAAUUUGUGUAUUUCCUACCAAGAAGUCUAAGUGACUUGGGUAGAGAAUGAAAGUGUGCCCCCACAUGUUGAUGAAGAAGGAAAUACGAUUAAAAAAAAUUUUUUUUAACGUUCAUUCAGUUUUUGAGAGACAGAGUGCAACCGGGAGAGGGGCAGAGAGAGAGAGAAGACACAGAAUCUGAAGCAGGGUCCAGGCUCUGAACGGACAGCACAGAGCCCGAUGUGGCGCUCAAACUCACGAACCGGGAGAUCAUGACCUGAGCCGAAGUCAGAUGCUUAACUGACUGAGCCAGCCAGGCACCCCAGGAAAUAACUGUUUCUGAAGAGGCAGAACAUCCUGUAAGAUGGGAAUUAGGAAAGAAUUAAAAAAUGUCUGGAUAACCAUAAAGCAUUUCUAAAAUCAGGAGGUAAGUAAUGGAGCUCCAUUGACUUAAGCCAACAGCAGACAUAGCUUCAAUCUGUGAAUGGGAUCAAAUGAAUUCUAUGUAGUUCUGUCAGCUCAGAGCACACAGUUUAAUUGAGUGAUGUAUGGCCACUCACUGGCUUUGUCAUGGCAAGUGGGAAGAGGGAGUGACCGUAGUCAAUUUCAGAAGACAUUUAGAGAAAAACUUAGCCUGGAUUUUGCUUUGCUGCUUUUUUUGUGCCUUAAAUCUUUACUGUGUACAGCGAUCAUGGGUGAUUACUGAUGUUGUAAGUAAAGGUUAAGUUGAGCUUAUUAUUUUUAUGUAGAUUUAUGUUUAGAACUUCUCUUUGUAAGGAAAAUUAUUUGUACUUUGAUCAACUUAUGAGCAUUCUUUUUUUUUGUUUUUUUACUUCUACAUCAGUGCUCACUCUGAGAUUAAAAAAAAGUUUAUUGUAUCUUUUGAGUAAAUAUAUCUGUGUUUCAUAUAACCCA